AUGGACUCAACGACUCCCGAUGAGUCGGCUCUACUGGCCCAUCAUUAUGAAAUAGGAGAAUUAAUUGAGAGAGGUCCACUAUCUGUAAUCCAUAGGGCUAUUCAUAGAACCACACAGAUUCCUUAUUCUAUUAAAACUAUUGAUAUACAAAGAUAUGAAACAAAUACUGGACUGGGUCGGCAAGAAGUGGAUGCUGAGAUCGAGUUAUGUGCAUCGUUGAAACAUACAUUUAUCUGUGAGCUGAAAGAUGUCAUUACAGGCGAUCAAUCAGUUCAUUUAGUUUUUGAAUAUUUGGAUGGUGCUGAUAUUUGUUUUGAAAUUGUUAAAAGAGCCGGCUCAGGUUUCGUUUACUCUGAGGCUGUCAUUAGUCAUUACAUGAGACAAUUGCUUCAAUCUCUAGAUUAUCUACAUAAUAAUAAUAUAGUUCAUAGAGAUAUUCGACCUCAUAAUAUAAACCUUGCCAGCCCCGACAACUCUGCGCCUCUGAAACUGUGUGGAUUUGGUGUUUCAAUCAAAUUAAAUGAACAGAAACUCAAUUGUAAAGGAGGAAAGGUUGGAGUUCCUCAGUUUAUGGCACCCGAGGUAGUAGAAGGCUUAGAUUAUGGAACGAAGAUAGAUAUGUGGAGUGCAGGAGUAGUGUUGUAUAUUCUUUUAUCAGGAAAAUUGCCUUUCACUGGUUCAACAGAAGAAAUCUAUGAGAAGAUUCGAGAAGGCAGCUAUCAAUGUCAAGCAGGUUCAUGGGCUCUCAUAUCGGGCUCGGUGAAGGAUUUAUUACGAAAAAUGCUCACUAAUGAUCCAAAUGUCCGAAUAUCAGCAAACGAGGCUCUGGAACAUGAAUGGAUAAGAGAUCGAGAACAUUGCGCUCCACGUCGUCAUAUGCAGGACACAGUUGAAAAUAUCAGAAAGUAUAAUGAUAGCAGAAAAUUAAAAUCAUCCAUCUUGGCAGCUGUUAACACAGAUAAAUGGAAAACACUUCAAAAUUCCCCUUCAACCUAUUUGAAUGGAGAUGCUCCAGGAGGAGAUUCAUGUCAUCCAGAUGGAUGCACAAGAGCUGUUGCAAAACCUAUGGCAAAUGACUUAAUAGGAGCUCAUAAGAUUCUAUGCUCCCUGGAUGCGAUCGCUUCACUAUCAGAGCGGAAUACCUCUUUCGCGGAGCCAAAACAAGCCAUUAACGAUAGAAGCUUUGUCUCUCUACUUAACUUGUAUGAUAAGAUAUCUCAGCUCAAAUGCGGACCAGUAACGUCUGAUAUUGAAGCUUCUUCGUUAAAACGAGAUGUUAUUGCGACAAUUGAUUCAUUACUUGGCCCAUCUGCUGAAUCUAUUGAGCUUCGACAGCUUCUAUUAGCCAAUGAUUUAACUUCAUGUCUUCAAGCGCAUGAUGUUAUUGUUUCCGAAGUUUGUGAUGAAGAUCGAACAGCCCAGCCCAAUACUUCAACAACUCCUAAUAACAUUAAUACGACGCCUCCACCUGUUCCUUAUUCAUAUCUCAAUGGAGGGGUAUUACCGCUAGGAGCAAGUAAAGCUGGUACUUCAACAGAAGAAUUCGUUCCGUGUCUUGGAGAAGACGAUGACGACUUAAUGGAUACCGUUUCAAGAGUUCGCUUAGUUCAAUUUCAAAAAGACACAGAAGAGCCGAUGGGCAUUACACUCAAGGUAACAGAAGAUGGAAGAUGCUUUGUUGCUCGAAUAAUGCAUGGAGGAAUGAUUCACAGACAGGCAACUCUACAUGUAGGAGAUGAAAUUCGGGAAAUUAAUGGCAUUUCGGUCGGACAGAGAUCAGUCGAGACACUUCAACAAAUGCUUCGAGAUGCUCGUGGACAAGUCACAUUCAAAAUUGUUCCUUCAUAUCGAUCAGCACCUCCAGCUUGCGAAAUAUUUGUUAGAGCACAAUUUGAUUAUGAUCCAGCUCAAGAUGAUCUAAUUCCCUGUCCUCAGGCUGGUGUUCCAUUUAAGACAGGAGAUAUAUUACAGGUUAUAUCGAAAGAUGAUCAUAACUGGUGGCAAGCCAGAUUCGUUUCUUGUUUCCCAUCCUUAGGUGGAAGUCUUCAAUCUACUUCGGGAGCUCAAGGAGCAAUUGCUGGUUUAAUACCAUCGCCAGAAUUACAAGAAUGGCGGACAGCCUGUUUAGCCAUGGAGAGAGCAAAAGAUCAUUCGCAUUGCAUGUGGUUCAAUCGCAAAAAAAAAUAUUACACAACGAAGUAUUUGCAAAAACAUUCAGCCUUGUUUGAUCAAUUAGAUCUCGUCACAUACGAAGAAGUUAUGCGAUUAUCCCAAUAUCGUCGUAAGACGUUAGUUCUACUGGGAGCACAUGGUGUGGGUCGGAGGCAUAUCAAGAACACGCUGAUUCACCGACAUCCGAAUCGUUUCGCAUAUCCUAUCCCACAUACUACUAGGCCGCCUAGGAAAGAUGAAGUUGAUGGAAAACACUACUUCUUUGUAUCUAAUGACCAAAUGAUGUCUGAUAUUCAGAAUAAUGAAUACCUUGAAUAUGGAACACAUGAAGAGAGUAUGUAUGGAACCAAGCUCGAAACAAUCAGAAACAUACAUAAAAGCGGCAAAAUAGCAAUUUUGGAUGUUGAACCCCAGGCUUUGAAGGUGCUCAGAACAGCAGAGUACUCCCCUUUCGUUGUCUUCAUUGCUGCUCCAAACCUCCAAGGUCUACAAGAUCCGGAUGGCUCAUUAGAGCGGUUAUUACGCGAAUCUGAAAUUCUCAGACAGGCAUUCGGCCAUCUUUUCGACUACAUAAUUGUCAAUAACGAUAUAGAUGAUACAAUAACACAGUUAGAGAGAAUAGUAGAAAAGUUACCUGCCUGUCCACAAUGGUUACCUGUAUCAUGGGUUUAUUAA